AUGAGCGAUUUAGCUAACCAUGACUUGAGAGACGUAUUUCUGGAUCGAAUGGCUACUCCACAAAAAGCUGCAUCUGCAAAAGGUGAUACAACUACUGGUGCUGCUCCGACAGAGAAAAUGGAAGUGGAGGAAGCCCUCGAUGAAGAAAUCCUUCGUAUGGCUCCUGAGGACCUAAAGAGUAGAACACAUUUACUGGAUAACGAAAUCCGCAUUAUGAGAAGUGAAGUGCAGCGAAUUAAUCAUUCUGUUUCAACCCUAAAAGAGCGCAUCAAAGAAAACAAUGAGCGGAUAAAGGUAAAUAAGACUUUACCCUACCUGGUAUCAAAUGUCGUGGAACUUCUGGAUUUGGAAGACAACCAAGAAGAAGAAGGUGCAAACAUCGAUUUGGACGCGCACAAGACGAAAUGCGCUGUCAUAAAAACAUCAACCAGAGCAACUUAUUUCCUUCCUGUGGUCGGCCUAGUUGAACCGUCUGAACUAAAACCAGGAGAUCUUGUGGGUGUGAACAAGGAUUCGUACUUGAUUUUGGAGAAACUCCCAGCUGAAUAUGACUCUCGUGUUAAAGCUAUGGAGGUGGACGAGCGGCCAUCCGAGCAAUACUCAGAUAUUGGCGGCUGUGACAAGCAAAUACAAGAGCUUAUUGAAGCUGUAGUUCUCCCUAUGACACACAAAGAUCGAUUUGUCAAUCUUGGAAUCCAUCCACCAAAAGGGGUGCUGAUGUAUGGCCCUCCAGGGACUGGUAAAACUAUGAUGGCUCGUGCUGUUGCUGCACAAACGAAGUCGACUUUUCUUAAACUUGCUGGUCCUCAGCUAGUGCAAAUGUUUAUCGGAGAUGGAGCAAAACUUGUUCGUGAUGCAUUCGCGCUCGCAAAAGAAAAGGCUCCUGCUAUUAUAUUUAUUGAUGAGCUGGACGCUAUUGGAACAAAGCGCUUUGACUCGGAAAAAGCUGGUGAUCGUGAAGUGCAACGUACUAUGCUUGAGCUGCUUAAUCAACUUGACGGCUUCCAACCCAACGAUGAAAUUAAGGUAAUUGCUGCGACGAAUAGGAUCGACGUUCUUGAUCCUGCAUUGUUAAGAUCCGGUCGACUAGACAGAAAAAUUGAGCUUCCACAUCCAAACGAGGAUGCACGAGCUCGUAUCAUGCAGAUUCAUUCCAGAAAGAUGAACGUCAAUAAAGACGUAAAUUUUGAAGAGUUGGCGCGAUGCACUGAUGAUUUCAAUGGAGCUCAGUGUAAAGCAGUCUGUGUGGAAGCGGGUAUGAUCGCUCUGCGGCGUGACGCAACUGAAGUUGUUCAUGAAGACUUCAUGGACGCUAUUUUAGAAGUCCAAGCAAAAAAGAAAGCAAGCCUCAAUUAUUAUGCUUGA